AUGCGUUACGCUGCCCCUCCGCUUGGAGACCUACGUUGGCGAGCACCAGUAGAGCCAAAGAGGACCGAUACCGUCGAGAAGGCUAACCAGUUCGGCCCAAUCUGUCUCAGAGCUGGUGCUGGCGCGCCUUUCCCCGGUCAGGAUGAGGAUUGUCUUUAUGUGAACGUGUGGGCUCCAGCGAAUGCUACGGAAAAGUCGAAGUUGCCUGUUUGGGUGUUUAUUGGGGGAGGCGGUUACAAUGCCCUCACCAACGCUAAUUGGAACGGAAGCGAGGUUGUUGAGAAGUCUCGCCACAACAUCGUCAUGCUAGACUUCAACUAUCGUGUUGGGAUGUGGGGGUUUCUCGCCAGCCAAAAGGUGAAAAAUGACGGUGACUUGAAUGUCGGCUUGCUCGACCAGCGAAUGCUGCUUACUUGGGUGAAGAAGCAUAUCUCUGCGUUCGGCGGAGACCCCGACCAUGUAGUCAUCCACGGUGCAUCAGCAGGAGCAGGCUCAGUGGCGAUGCAUUUGUUGGCAUAUGGAGGUCGUAACGAUAAUCUCUUCGUAGGUGCCAUGUCCGAGUCGCUCUUCUUCCCGGCACAGCCAUAUGUAAACGAGCUCGAAUAUCAGUUCGACCGUUUAACACAGCAGGUUGGCUGUUUGAGUGUCGAACCAGAAGAGCAGCUCGCUUGUUUACGGAACCAGGACGUCAUCUCCCUGCAAGCAGCUAACCACGCCCAACAUUUCCCUGGCCACGAAGGGCCGCUCUUACCCAUAUUCUACUGGACUCCGUGCGUGGACGGUGACUUCUUGCAGGACCUCCCGUACCGGCUUAUGCGAAGGGGUCAGUUCCUGAAUGUGCCGAUUCUUUUCGGCACCAAUACGGAUGAAGGCUCAGUAUUCGCCCACAACUCCCUCACCCCCUCCGACUUCACCAACUUCUUCACAACCAACUACCCCCGCCUCACCCGCUCCGACGUCGCCAGCAUCAUCUCCCUCUACCCACAGCUCCCUCCCCUUCCAAACCGCAACCCCUGGUAUCCAACCACCAGCCUCGCCUACGGCGAAGCCACUUUCAUCUGUCCCUCCAAUAACUUCCUCGACGCUUUUGUUUCAUCAUCCUUCUCCUCUUUCAACCUGUCCAACCAAGGAAAGGCCAAGUCAAAAAAAGCCUUUGCCUACCGCUUCAACGUCCAUGACCACGCCCUCCAGACCGCGGGUCUCGGCGUCCCUCACCUCUUUGACGCGGCAGCCAUUUUUGGGCCAGAUAACAUCAGCGGGUUUGGGGCCGGAGAGGAGAGUUCUUACAAGACGUAUAACAAGCCUGUGGUGAGCAUGUUUAUGGCGUACUGGAUUAGCUUUGUGAGGACGUUGGAUCCGAAUAUGUUUAGCGAAAAGGGAAGUCCGCAGUGGGAGGGGUGGGAUUCUCAUGUGCAUGGGGAUGACGACAAAAGUAGGAAACGGCUGUUGGUAGAACUGGGGAAUACGAGGAUGGGGAAAGUAGGGGAUGGGGAGAGUGAUAGAUGUCGGUUUUGGGAGGCGCUGGGGGACCGGUUGGAGCAACUUGGACGAGGCUCGUGA